CUGCGAGCUCAGUCCGCGCAGUAACAAAUGGAAGUGCGCGCUGCGACACCUCCCAGCCCACCGGGGUCCGCCGCCAUUUCCUCGCCUGGCCUAACGGUUUGGCCAAUCGCAGCGCGCAUCAAGAAGGACUAGCGCUCCGCCAAUCGGAGGCCGCCGGCUUCGACCCCUUGCCUCUGCCCGGCCCAAUCCAGGCCGCGGCCCCGUCGCCCCCAACCCGCCCCCGCGGCACUCUCUCUCCUCCCUCUUUGUGCGUCUCGCGCCGCCGCCGCCCGCCGCGUGAGAGGACGAGCUCCGCGCGCUCCUCGGCAGCGUAGUCGGGUCCCCUCCCCCCCGGAAGGUUCGCGAAGGAGAAGCCGCCGCCGAGGAAGAGCCGCCGCCGGUGCCGGUCUCCGGGGGCGCCAUGGCGACCGGAGCGAACGCCACGCCGCUGGGUAAGCUGGGGCCCGCCGGCCUCCCCCCGCUUCCCGGGCCCAAAGGGGGCUUCGAUCCGGGGCCUCCGCCCGCGCCUGGGGCGGGGCUGCUGGCGCCCAGGCCGCCGCCGCCCCCGGGCUCGAUGGGAGCCCUGACCGCGGCCUUCUCCUUCGCGGCGCUACCGCCGCCACCGCCGCCGCCGCCGCCCCCCCCGCCUCCCCAUCAGCCGCCGCCGCCGCCACCGCCGCCGUCCCCUGGCGCCUCGUACCCGCCGCCGCAGCCGCCCCCCGCGCCGUCGCUCUACCAGCGCGUGUCGCCGCCGCAGCCGCCGCGUCAGGACCAGCAGCCGGGCCCGGCCGGCGGCGGAGGAGACUUCCCAAGUAAGAAGCGGAAACGGAGCAGAUGGAAUCAAGAUACAAUGGAACAGAAGACAGUGAUUCCAGGAAUGCCUACUGUUAUUCCCCCUGGACUUACUCGGGAACAAGAAAGAGCUUACAUAGUGCAACUGCAGAUAGAAGACCUGACUCGUAAACUGCGCACAGGAGACCUGGGCAUCCCCCCUAACCCUGAGGACAGGUCCCCUUCCCCUGAGCCCAUCUACAAUAGUGAGGGGAAGCGACUUAACACCAGAGAGUUCCGUACCCGCAAAAAGCUGGAAGAGGAGCGGCACAACCUCAUCACAGAGAUGGUUGCCCUCAACCCUGAUUUCAAGCCACCUGCAGAUUAUAAACCUCCAGCAACACGUGUGAGUGAUAAAGUAAUGAUCCCUCAAGAUGAGUAUCCAGAAAUCAACUUUGUUGGGCUACUAAUUGGGCCCAGAGGGAACACCCUGAAGAAUAUUGAGAAGGAGUGUAACGCCAAGAUCAUGAUCCGGGGGAAAGGGUCUGUGAAAGAAGGGAAGGUUGGACGCAAAGAUGGCCAGAUGUUGCCAGGGGAAGAUGAGCCACUUCAUGCCCUAGUCACUGCCAAUACAAUGGAGAAUGUUAAAAAGGCAGUAGAACAGAUCAGAAACAUCCUGAAGCAAGGUAUUGAGACCCCAGAGGACCAGAAUGAUCUACGGAAGAUGCAGCUUCGAGAAUUGGCUCGCUUGAAUGGUACCCUUCGGGAAGAUGAUAACAGAAUCUUAAGACCCUGGCAGAGCUCAGAGACCCGCAGCAUUACCAAUACUACAGUGUGUACCAAGUGUGGAGGAGCUGGCCACAUUGCUUCAGAUUGCAAGUUUCAAAGGCCUGGUGACCCCCAGUCAGCUCAGGAUAAAGCACGGAUGGAUAAAGAAUAUUUGUCCUUGAUGGCUGAACUUGGGGAAGCUCCUGUCCCAGCAUCUGUGGGCUCCACCUCUGGGCCUGCGACCACACCCUUGGCUAGUGCACCUCGGCCUGCUGCUCCUGCCAACAACCCGCCUCCACCGUCUCUCAUGUCCACUACCCAGAGCCGCCCACCCUGGAUGAAUUCUGGCCCUUCAGAGAGUCGGCCUUAUCAUGGCAUGCAUGGAGGUGGUCCUGGCGGGCCUGGAGGUGGCCCCCACAGCUUCCCACACCCAUUACCCAGCCUGACAGGUGGGCAUGGUGGACAUCCCAUGCAGCACAACCCAAAUGGACCCCCACCCCCUUGGAUGCAGCCACCGCCACCACCGAUGAACCAGGGCCCCCACCCACCUGGGCACCAUGGCCCUCCUCCAAUGGAUCAGUACCUGGGAAGUACGCCUGUGGGCUCUGGGGUCUAUCGCCUGCAUCAAGGAAAAGGUAUGAUGCCGCCGCCGCCUAUGGGCAUGAUGCCGCCACCGCCGCCGCCUCCCAGUGGGCAGCCCCCGCCCCCUCCCUCUGGUCCUCUUCCCCCAUGGCAGCAGCAGCAGCAGCAGCCUCCGCCACCCCCUCCGCCCAGCAGCAGUAUGGCUUCCAGUACCCCCUUGCCAUGGCAGCAAAAUACGACGACUACCACCACGAGCGCUGGCACAGGGUCCAUCCCGCCAUGGCAACAGCAGCAGGCGGCUGCCGCAGCUUCUCCAGGAGCCCCUCAGAUGCAAGGCAACCCCACUAUGGUGCCCCUGCCCCCCGGGGUCCAGCCGCCUCUGCCGCCCGGGGCCCCUCCCCCUCCGCCGCCUCCGCCACCUGGUUCCGCCGGCAUGAUGAUCCCUCCCCGCAGCGGCGAUGGCCCGAGCCAUGAGAGUGAGGACUUUCCGCGCCCAUUGGUGACCCUUCCAGGCAGACAGCCUCAGCAGCGCCCCUGGUGGACAGGAUGGUUCGGCAAAGCAGCCUGAGUUAUUUUUGUGGACGGAAUCGGAACACGCUGGCUCCAUAUCGUGAAAUUUUUAUUAAUUUUUUUCUUUUUCUUUUGUUAUUUCCUUAUCUCUUCCUUUCUUCAGACUCCGUCCAAGGAGAUGCUCUCCCCGGUCUUCUGCUGCAAUUAGAAUCCUUCCCUUCUCUCCAUUCCUCCUUCUCCCCUUGCCAAGGAGAGGGGAGCAAAUGGUUUUAGGCACAGGCUUUGACUAUUAAUGUUAGGCUGGGGGGGGUGGUCCUUUGGUUCUAAGUGUUUCAAGGGUCCAUAGCCACCCCUAAAGACGUUUGUCUUAAAUUUUUGAGUAGCAGUUUAUCUCUGCCACCUUGUCAAAGAGACUUGUGAAGUUGCCAAGGGUGGCUUUUCAUAACCAUCCUGCACUCCUGCCAGCAGUAGGGACACAGCUGAAGCCACCUUGGGCUGGCCUGCCAGCCCAGAGUCCUUUCCACUCUCCCCGACCACCUAAGCUGCCACAGAAUCCAUUUGUUCCUCUCCUUCCUGGAAGCCUUCCUCUUUUAUUUUAGUCCCGAAUGUCUGAAUGUUUUGCAGUGUCUAGGGGUUUGAGCCCCUCGUUCUUUGUUCUGCUUCUCUCCCCGCCCCUUCCCUCUUCAUGGAGUGAUUAUGUUGACAAUAAUGUGUAACGCGCGUUCUCUUCACUGGUUUAUCUACAGAAAUUUCUCUGGGCUUUUUUUUCGGUGUUUGAUUCAACACUGCACUAAAGGGGGGUGUUCCGUUGAAUAAAAGAGCAGUGUGGUUUUC